AACACUGCGGAGGAAGGUGACUGGGAGGAGGCCAAGGGGGAUCGUAGGGGCUGAGCCCUCCCAGACACACACCUGGGGAGAGCGUCCGUAGUUUCAGUUCCCAGCAACUGGUGGCAGCAGGUUAGCAUUUAAGAUGGCAGGGACAGCACGCCACGAUCGGGAGAUGGCGAUCCAGGCCAAGAAAAAGCUCACCACGGCCACCGACCCCAUUGAAAGACUCCGACUGCAGUGCCUGGCCAGGGGCUCUGCAGGCAUCAAAGGACUUGGCAGAGUGUUUCGAAUUAUGGAUGACAAUAAUAACCGAACCCUUGACUUCAAAGAAUUUGUGAAAGGGCUAAAUGAUUAUGCCGUGGUCAUGGAAAAGGAAGAGGCAGAAGAGCUCUUCCGGAGGUUUGAUAAAGAUGGAAAUGGAACAAUAGACUUCAAUGAAUUUCUUCUUACAUUAAGACCUCCAAUGUCUAGAGCCAGAAAAGAGGUAGUUAUGCAAGCUUUUAGGAAGUUAGACAAGACUGGAGACGGAGUUAUAACAAUUGAAGAUCUUCGGGAGGUAUAUAACGCAAAACACCACCCUAAGUAUCAAAAUGGAGAAUGGACCGAGGAACAAGUGUUCAGGAAAUUUCUGGAUAACUUUGAUUCACCCUAUGACAAAGAUGGACUGGUGACCCCCGAGGAGUUUAUGAACUACUAUGCAGGGGUGAGCGCAUCCAUUGACACCGAUGUGUAUUUCAUUGUCGUGAUGAGAACUGCCUGGAAGCUCUAAAUGUUUCAAAAGAAGAAUUUUUGAACUAUUAUGCUGGGGUUAGUGCUUCUAUUGACACCGAUGCCUAUUUCAUUUUAAUGAUGAGAAAAUCCUGGAGAUUAUGACUUUCUAUCUACUAAUUCUUUUGGAAAUUGGGGACUCUCAGAGAGUGGAACGACUUUGAAAGAAGUCCAAUGCUAUAGAUUUUUGAUAAGGUGUAAACUAAAGUUUCUGAAAGAUCUAGGAUUUUAAAAGCAAUAGAUCUUCAGUCAUCUUACUUAAUGACCUGGAACAUAUCAUUUGCUUAAAUGCCUGGGGAUAUAUUUUUAAAUCAGAAAGAAAGGAAGAACAGACGGAAGGAAGGAAGCUAUGAAGUGAGACUAGAAAGUGGUUCUUAGGUGAAAUAAUGUACCUCUUGUUACAGCUGUUCCUCUUAUAGGGAUAAAUGUAGAUGUUUCCCCACAUCUUUAUUUAUUCCCUGUCUUCGCAGUCUUUAGCAGGGGGUGAUGAUAAAAAGAUUGGAGGAACAUCUGACUUUGUAAAAUUUCCUGAGCUUACUUAUUUUAAUGGGUCUC